AUGACUGUGAACGCAGCGCAGUUAGACGCUAGCUAUGGCGUCCGCUCCACCGAGGCAACCUGCUGGCACCAGCACUCAGAUCUUUCCCUGGAUUUUUCGCAAAAAAAAAAGGUUCCUUGGAAAGCGAAGGUUCAGGGUCUAAAGACCCAUGGUACACCAUAUACGAAAACCUGGAAGACUUUUGUUUUCUAUACUUACCUGCUGAACACUACUUCAGAGACAACCCCAACCUCCUCUGAAGAGUUUGAACUUUCCCAGGCAGGACUUGGGAAAAGACACCUCACCAUGUCCAGGGAUAUGAGCCAUGAAGAGUUCAUUGGACUACUCCAAAAUGAGUACCCUAAAAUGCAGGGAUUAAAAGGAGGAUGGCUCCUAUACAAGGCUACAGGUGGCCAGGGUAAAAGGAGACUGAUAAUGAUUCCUCCUGAUUCAGAUGCAUACACCGGGACACUUAUUCGCAGUGCUACAACGGCAGGGAAAAUCACCCUGUAUAUAUCACCUUUGCAACAUGAGUUUGACCUCUCUCCGUUACCUCCAGAUGCCAUUGAGUUCCAAAGUAUGCCAAGAGCACAAUGCCAAACGUGCAAUGUAAGUUUUCCUUUGCAGAUCUUGGCCCUCCAUGUUCAGGAGUGCAUGGAGUCUCAAGCAGGAUCUGAAGAUAUCGAGACAUGCCAAAGUGAGGUCCAGCUAGUUUCUGUGACAUCUCCCUCCCCAUGCACUGUGACACAGAGACAUCUGUUGAUGAGGGGAAAGGAAGAUUGUAGGAUGGCUGAGACAACUGCCAUGAGCCAGGGCAAUGGAGAUGAGCAGAUCAAAGGGACUGUUGGAGAGAUUUUGGCUGUUAGUUUUGCACAAGGUGGCCCGGCCCCUACCUUUUUCAGCCCAUGGACUUACAGUUACCUCUGUAAUUGGCAGAUAAAUACGACCGUUCUCAAAAGUGAUGCAGUGGCAGAUGUCCAGUUGCAAGGGUUAAUUGACCAGGUUGAUUUGUCAACUGAGGAUUCCAUUCAAGGCCUGUCAGAUGAAAUCUUAAAUUGCGGUUAUACCGGAGCCAUCUCCGUUCAAAACAAGGAGUCCAUUGUUCGUGCCAUCAUACUCCAUGCAGUGCUGAGGUUGCAGCCUAUGUUGGAACAACUAAGGGAAGGCCUGCAGCUCUAUGACCUUCUUUUGCUAAUGAGCCAUUACCCAGAAAUCUGCCAGCCCCUGUUUGUUCCUCAGGAAGAUGCAAAAGUCAAUGCAGAGUUUGUCAUGACAUCCAUUGUCCCUCAACUUGUUGAUAAUGAGGAGAUUAUGAACUUUAUUCAGGACUUCUUCUAUGAAGCUGAAGCUGAAGAACGUGGGCAUGGAGAUGACAAAGAUGGUCCACAUUCCAUCACACCUGCCAGGUUUCUGCAGUGGAUCACAGGCCAAGGUCACGUCCCACUUCUGCCUUUAGAACAGGAUUUUGUUGUAACAAUCAAGUUUAACCAUGACUGCAGUGCAGACUUUGGACAUCACAAUGUCUGUUACCCUGUUGUGUCAGCAUGUGCCAAGACUAUUGUGCUAUCUGUAAGGCACAUGAACAAUUCACAGAGGUUCUAGAGGAGGCCAAGAAUUUAACAUUGUGUAAAAAUUUGCCAUCAACGGCUUCUGUUUUUCAAGGAAAAACUACCAACCAAGUGUUUACUUGAUAAAUGUUUAGCACCAACUGCUACUGUUUUAUUACUCUGUGUUCUGAUUUAAAAAAAAAACAAAAAAACUUACUAGCAAUACUGUGUUCAAAGACUUUUCCCUAUUUGGAAAGAGGAGUAAGUCAAGUAAAUAUAACAAAAACAAUGUGUGGUUUAAUGGCAGUUCUGUUGAACAGUUGUACAAGACAAACAUGUUAAUAUCUGAAAGUAAGUUGCAACAAGAUUUCAUAAUUGAUUUCCUGAUAUCAUUUCUAGAUGACUGAUCAAUCAUCAUGUUGUCUGACCAAAAUUUUGGUGCACACAACUCUGAGAAGCAUUUUGAGAUUUGUUUUUACCAUGAGGGAAUGAGGUCACAACAAAUAAAAUAAAAAAAUGCAUUGGUCUCAAACUGGUUAAACCUUUCAAAUACAAAAUAUGUUGCAUGUAGGGGACAUGAUUUAGUACAUAGUUUAAAGCAGCUAAGUAAAUGUCUCAGCCGUAGGACUCAGAUGGUCCUGUAACAUCAAUAGUGGCCCUGCCAGCCAUAUCCUGCUCAGGGAGGGGACAUUCAAUUCGUGGAAGAAUCACUCCAGAACUGGUUGCAUCAAGCUCACUGGCGAUGUUGAAAUCAAGAUCUGCAUCCUCAGUUUCCUACGUUAAACAAAAAUAAAAAUAAAAAACAUUUCUUAGUUAAACGUUUGUCAUAGAAAUUGGGAACAAUAAGUAAAACUAUAUAGCAAAGCAUAUUUUAACUAGAUCAACAUGCUAACAGAGCUGGCGCAAGUAUAAACAUUUUACUAUCACCUCUUUUAUGAUACUAACAUGAGUGCUUUUAUGUUUUUUCACUGUAACCAAAGACAUGAGCGUCUGAGAUUUUGAACAGUUCCACUGUCAAAGGUUUUGUGAGGUUAUUAGAGGUAAUUUAGAGGUGUAACCUCAUACACGAUGCAGUAAUAGACUGCAUGUAUUGCAUUUUAAUAGUUCAGCAUCACCCUUAUAUUAGUAAUCAUAUUUUUUAAGUUGUCUAUUGGAAUAAAAUAAAACUAGAAAUGUUA